AUGGAGACCGCGCAGCAGACGCCCGCGCCGGGCUCGCUGAGCUGGAAACUCAGCAGCCAUCCCAUCACCCUGCUUACCUUUCUGUUCUUUCGCAUCUCUUCGCUCCUGACAUACCUCUUCGGCCUGCGCCUCUUCACCUCCAACUUCGUCCUCAUCUUCAUCAUCACGAUCCUCCUUCUCGCUACCGACUUCUACUACCUGAAGAACAUCGCGGGGCGGCGUCUCGUCGGGCUGCGCUGGUGGAACGAAGUCGACACCGCUAGCGGGGACAGUAGAUGGGUAUUUGAGAGCGCGGACCCAGAGACGCGAGACCAGAACGCGACGGACAAGCGGUUCUUUUGGAUUGCGCUGUAUGCGCAGCCCGUGCUGUGGAUAUUGCUCGCGGUGGUGGCGCUGGUCAGCUUCGAGUUUAUCUGGUUGACGCUUGUUGCUAUCGCGCUUGUUCUCACGCUCACGAAUGCGCUGGCUUACUCGCGCUGCGACAAGUUCAGCCACGCUACGGGCUUUGCGUCGAAUGCUAUGUAUGGAUCUGGGCUUGCGAGGAACCUUGCUAGCGGCGUGGUGAGCAACAUGUUCAGCCGCGGUCGGUAA